AUGACAUCAACUAGUGAUUUCAUAAUUAAUCAAGAUCCUAUACAAGAUCAUAUACAUGUACAGAAUAAACGAUUGGAUACUGAUCAAAAAUUAAAUCAGGAUCCUAAAUAUGAAACAAUUAAUCAAUUAGCUAAAGACACAUUGAAUAUUGAUUUGCCUGAAUCACAAAAUUCAUCGAAUCGUGCACUAUUUGUCUUUUCAAAGAAUAAUCUCAUUCGGAAAGCAGCACGAAGUAUAAUUGAAUGGGGACCAUUCGAGUAUAUGGUUCUAUCAACCAUUAUAGCUAAUUGUGUUGUUCUGGCUAUGGAAGUUCAUUUACCGAAUAAAGAUAAACGUCCAUUAUCAGAGAAAUUGGAAAUCACAGAAAACUACUUUUUGGGAAUUUUCACAUGUGAAGCGUUCUUGAAAAUUAUCGCCUUAGGAUUUAUUCUACACAGUGGAUCUUAUUUAAGAAAUAUAUGGAAUAUUCUAGAUUUCGUUGUUGUAGUCACUGGUAUCUGUUCUUAUACAUUUAUGAAUGUUUUUUUAAAUAUAUUUUUGUAA